AUGAGCAGCACGAAUCGGUGGCAAAAAAGCCAUCGAUCCGUCAAGAUUCCCCAUGUCAAAUUGCGGCCACCUCAGGCACGCGAAGUAUCAGAGGCAGAGAUAGCAGAUGCUGAGGAUGAUGCGCAUUUCCGGCGCACGCGAAAUCGCGGCGUGUCGUCCGGUGCGCAUACACCAGCGGAUUUCUAUGGUCAUGCACGAACGCCACUUCAGGGCACGGUGUUGAGCUUCACCGGUAUUGAGGACAAAAGAGAACUUGUGGAUAUUGCGGAAAGGCUCGGUGCGCGCGUGCAUGCGGAUCUGACGAGUGAGGUGACGCACCUUGUUGCUCGCACGCCAGGCUCGGAAAAGUACAGAAUCGCGAUCCAGUUCCAUAUGUGUAUUGUGCAGCCUGAAUGGCUUUAUCUGGUGCGUGAGGCGUGGCUCUCUGGAGAAGAUGCUGUUGAUCUCGCUGGUCUCGCUGAGCAAUGCCAACUACCGCCACUGGAAGGACUCACGCUCGCCUUGACUGGCUUCGAUGCGCAUGAGCGGGAAACGCUCGCUGCGCGCAUCGACAUGAUGGGUGGCAUUGUCGCACCGAAACUUACCUGGGAUGGGUCCAUCACGCAUCUUGUGUGUGCGCCGCCGAUGGAAGGACGAUCGAGGAAAGGACUUGAUCGCGUUCUCGCACAUCGCACGCUUGCGGCAGAGUGCGAUUUGCCGCAUGUACUUGCAGCUGUGAGGAUCCGACUCGUCCAUGCUGCAUGGAUUGAAGACUGUUUUGCUGCUCGUGUCCAGCUCCCUGAGUCUCCAUAUGAUGCGAUGAAAGAAGUCGAUACCGAGCCGCGCCGGGCGGAACGUGUUGCGUCGUUGAAGCCACGCCUACUUGAACGCACGACAAGUGUGCCAGUGUCGACCGAUAUGUCGCACGAUCUUGUGGCUACGUCCACAUCCACGCCCGGCCCCGCGCCUAUGCCCGUAAGCAAGGCAUCUUUGCCUGCGUCGCUUCCUGUAUCACAGCCCAUGUCUCAGCAGGUGCCAGGAGCUCGGAUGCCCGAGCCAGGCUCGCUCUUGUCGUAUACACGUAGCGCCAGUUUCCAGGCGCCGGCGCCGGGUGUCUUUCAUGCAUGCCAGUUUCACAUCGACAUGCAAGAUGAUGCGCGCACACGACGAGUCGCUGCCGUGGUUCGCAGAGCGGGUGGUGCAGUGCUGGCGGAUCGAUCGGUGACCGCUGAUUAUGCCGUGGGCCCUCUUACACAGCCCGUGCAAUGCCUGCCCGCACGAGUCCAUGUGACGCACCACUGGAUCGAGCGGUGCUUAUACGACGACAAAUUAGUCGAUCCGCACAUGCAUGUGGCGUUGCGUCCCGCGACGCGAUCAUUGCCUAUGGCUGAGGCCCGUGCGUGGAGCAUUGCCGUGUCCGGUUUGGACAAGUACACGCCUGACUACCACCACACAUGCGCGGCGAUCGAAGCUUUGGGCGCUACUAUGACGACGACAUUUUCUCGCCAUGCGUCGACACACUUGCUAUGUACAGACGAGGCAAGGACGGGCCCCAAAGCACAAAAGGCCGAGGAGUGGCAUAUACCCAUCAUUGGCACAGACUUUCUUGAGCAAGCACUACGUCCACCUGCCAUGGACGUGCCACCUCGAAAGCGUGCGCGACCAAUGCCGAGGCGCUCAGCCACUGAAGGAAUGGCAGAUGUGCAUACGAAUCAUGGCUUGUUGCCCCAUACAGGUAGGGAGACAGGGUCGGAUCUCGCCGUGAUCCCAGCAGCCACCACGGCGCCUUGGCUUUCGGACUAUGCCCAUGGGCCAUGGGCAGUGGCCAAGGACAAUGAUGGCGCUGAUCAUCACGAGCACAGCAAUGACGCCGUGGCUGCGGCGGCCGAUGGUGCAGGCGCCAUCGCUGACUCGACGCUUGACGCGUCGACAACACAUGUUUGGUACGAUGAUCCGGCUGCACGGCGUGAACAUACGAGACUCAUGGCACUGGUGGGUGAUGCAUCGUCUACGAGGCCAGCGAAGAAGAAAGCACAGACGUAG